AUGUCCGCCCCGCGCCCGGGCCACGCUCCGCCCCGAGCGCCCGCCCCACCCCGGGGCCCGGGGGCGGCCGCGUUCCUCCGCCCCGCUCCGCUCUCCGCCCGGCCCACCUCCCCCUCUGCGGGCCGCGAAUGGCGGCCGGAUCCGCCCCGCUCCCCGGCUCGGGGCCCGCCCACGGCGGACGGCUACGUGGUUACGCGCCGCGCCGCUCCCCACCUCGGCGCGCCCCCGGCACGGCAAUGCGUUCCCCGGCGCCGAGAGGGCACGGCCGGGCUCGGGACUACAACUCCCAGCGUGCCCCGCGGUGCCGACAUCCGGUUCCCGGCGUGCCCCGCGCCGUGCCGGCGGUGCGUGCGGGACGCGGCGGUCCUGGCGGAGCAGCGCUGUUCCCCCUCGGGGCGCGUGGCGCCGCCGGCGCAGCGGAGGUCUCUCGGCGGCUCCCGGCGGAGCGGCGGUGCCGGUUUCAGACCUCCGCUCCCGGCCGCACCGUCGCACAGAGCGGACGGAGAAGCGCCGUGCGAUGACAUCGAAGCUCUGAAGGAAAAGGACCGCGCUCUGGACCGGGAGAUCGCGCAGCUGCUGUCCGAAGGGUACAGCGUGGAGGAACUGGAGAAGCACAUCUCCCUGCUCCAUGAGUAUAAUGAAAUUAAAGAUGCUGGCCAGAUGCUGCUAGGCAAACUGGCUGUUAUCCGAGGAGUUACUACGAAGCAGCUGUACCCUGAGUAUGACCUGGAGCUUAGUGACUAGCAUGGGACCCGCAGGCUGCCGUGACCUGCAGAUGUGACUGUUGCAGGGCCGUUGUGUUUUGGUGUCGUACCCAUUUAGAGCCAACAGAAGCAGCACAUAUGCUGAAUUUCAAGAGAUUUUGUUAGCAGCCACAUUUCUCAGCAGCUUUGGAAUGUGCAAGUUAAGGAUGAUACCAACUCAUUCCUGUUUGUGGGGAAGGGAUGUUGGGAUACUUUCAGUUUACUCUGCUACCUGAGAAACACUAUUUCUAAUCGUCAUUUCUUAAUUGGAAUGGUUGUAAUCCAAGGUUGAUGCUGAAGUUCUUCCCAAUGAGCCUUUGCUUCUCUGCAGCAUCCAGGCUCGAUCUGGGUAUGUUAACCUGCAGGUGGAGCAGCCUCUGGAUGGAUGGAGGAAGUCUGGGAGCAGCAUGUGUGAAGUGACAGCUGCUGUGUCAGGAAAGCCGUGGGGAGAAAAGAGGACCAGAGGCUGAAGUUGUGAUGGUGGUUUGGUUUUGUUAUGAUUGGAUCUGGAGGAGUUUGAGUGUGCAGCAAUUUUGUACUCAACUGCUGUAAUAUCCAGAGGUUUUGUUUCAUUUCUGUAGUAAACAGAACAUUGUGUUGAACUGUCUGACCUGAAUUAAAGCAGCUAUUGCAUCCCUCAGUAAUUCA